CCGCAUGCCAUAGGCCCAAUACUCAGUAGCCUUGCGAGCGGAUCCCCCUCAUUGGAACUUGCAAGGCCGGAACCGGAACUGAGCUGCCGCCGGCCCCAUGGCGAGCGGCGGCCUGGCGGCUGCAUCGGAGGUCGCCGUCGUCUUCCUCACCCGCCCCGUCGUCGCCAUUGCCUUCGUCUUCACUCUCAUCCUCCUCGGUUGGUACGUGGCGUGGAGGACGGUGCUGGUGCACGUGCCGCUGGUGCAGGAGAUCGCCGGCCUGCGCCCGAAGAAGCCCUCUAGACCCAAGCCAGCCAACCGCGGCCGCGUCGCCAAGUUCUAUCAGAACCAGGCCGAGGCCGCCCAGAGGAACAGCAAAUCAGAAGGGACAUCUUAAGAGAAAAGAGUCAGCACUUUGUAAUAAGUGCCAGUUGCACACUGUCGUAUGCGAAUUCCCUAGUUCUAGUUAGAAUGCAAUGCUGCUGAUGACGGCGGUUUUCUAGAAGAGAAUAUAUAUCAGCAUUUAAUGGGAGCUUCCUGCAUGAGGAUGCGUCAGGCUUAUGAUACUAGCGCAUCAACUGUAUAUUGCAUGACCUUAUAAAGUAAGGACCUUAUAAUUGUAUAGAUUGUACAUAUACCUGCACAGGAAUGAAGAGAACCAGCGAACCACUUAUCCUUUGGAAUAUCAAUGUACUGCCUUCUCUUGUGCGAA